AUGUGGUGAACAGCAGAUGGCAGCAGCAAUAGCUACAGGCCUUUAUGAGCCGCUCUAGCAGGAAUCCAGAAGAGGAAGAAGAAGGAGGAGGGGGAGGAGGAAGAAGAAGAAGAGGUGUGUUAUUUUAAAAGGGAGUGACUGUGCCAGCUAUAAGACACACUUUCAUAUCUGGACAGCUGUGAAUGAACCCGGAUCCACCACAUUGAGUUCAGUCCGCUCGGAUACGGUCGAGGAUGCAGCAAGUCAGCGGGAACAGUGGGCCCAACUUUCAGCGGCUUUGGGGACGAUGGACCGACCUCGUCAAGCCUAUUUAUGCAGACUCCAGGGUAGAAAAGCUGAUGGACACGCGAGCCGGGCAGUACCUGAGCAGCCACCCUUUCAUAGCUCUCAAUGUGCUGCUGUUUGGCGCCGUGGCUGCACUGCCUGUCGGACUCUUCCUCUCUUUUGCUCUUCUGACCCUUAUCAUGUCGGCAGUAGGAUUCCUUUGCUUCGAAGCGUUGCUGCUGUCCGCAGGCGGGUUGACCCUGCUGUCCGUGCUGCCCGGCAUCGCCCUCUUCUCUGUCAUCGUUUCAGUCAUCUUCAACGCGCUUUACGUCACCACCUACAACAUCCUCAGCCGAUAUUUCCCACAUCUAACAAUGGGUGAAGUCCUGGAAGAUCUGGACGAAUCGAAGGAGAGUGAACUUGAAAGUUAAAAACUGAAGUAAAUGUUUUAAGUUGUAUUCUUCUCUCUCCAUUGUCAACUUUCAUGUGGAGUGUCCUCAACCUUAAGACUGACGCCCUGUGAGUGGGAUUCAGACCCUUGAAUGUACCGUAUGCAGCUAUUUAUAAGCACAAAUACUGCCUGAUAGUUACUGUAUGUCUAAAGCCUAAACAUUAUAACAAUAUGUUUUUGUUUUAAAUGCCAAAGUGUCCUUAUCUCUGCUCAUGUAGACAUAUACUAUGGCUACAACAGCCGGAACAUGGACUAACUAACCUUUAACUGCCUUUAUAGUUAAAUACAGAAAGAAUUAUAUAAAUCUAAUCCGUAUAACCUAUUCUAUAAAUGCAUUAUGGAUUAAUCCUGAAAUGUCAUCUACUUUCAAGUAAUUGAGUUUAAGACAGAAUAUGUUGACUCAGGGCUGAACAGUGUGAUUAAUCCAAUGGCCCUGUGCUUUUCCAUUACAUACUCUGAUGUUCAGCCUGAACAUGCUUUUGUAUGUUGCUAAUGCUGAUCUGCAGAUAUCUGAUGUGCAUGCCCAUUAUAGGCAAAAAAGAACUAGCUCUGUCUUAAACCAAAGACAUUCUUAGUCAAUGGCCACUCGUGAUUUUGGCAAUUAAAUGAUUCGACCAUUUAAUCGGCAGAUCUGUAAAAUUGAGUGACUCUACAUAGACACCCUUUCAAAUAAUGCGCUCGCAGGAGAUGCGCUAAUAAUUCUCCAGAAAAUUGCUCAUCCAGCAAGCUGACAUCUUAGUAUGACCACAUAUUAGUCAACUAAUAGAAGCCCUUAAAAAUGUUUAUCGGUUACAUGUUUAAAUGUUGUAUGUUUGUAUUGUGGCUUUGAAAUAAAUGACAACAAGGGUCAACCUUUGUGACGGUCUUUCUUCUCAGCAGCAGUGGAGGAAGAUCACAAAGAACUUGAGUUUGUGCAAGAAAUCCAAUCCUUAAUAUGCAUUUUGUUUGCAACGAUAUUUAUUGGAAUAAACACAAUUUACAUCUCAUUGUGUUCUGUUUAUUUAAUAGGACAGUUGCAGAAGACAUUUUCCUGAAGAUAUUUGCUAACUUUUAACAAUUUCAAAGCUUCUACUUGGGACACAGUGUAUUAUGG